UUUCAGGGUAUUAGAUUUCGAAAUGGGAGAGUUCUUGUUCAAUAUUGAUCACGGAUAUUUGGAGGCGCUGACUCGCGGACUUAAAGGAGGUCUUCUUGCUCAAGCUGACUAUGCCAAUUUGGUUCAAUGUGAGACUUUGGAAGAUUUGAAGCUUCACAUCCAAUCGACUGACUACGGAAAUUUCUUGGCCAACGAGCCUGGAGCAAUUACCGUUCAAGUUAUCGACGAGAAGCUUAAGGAGAAGCUUGUCACAGAGUUCACUCAUCUUCGGAAUAAUGCAUUGGAGCCCUUGGCAACAUUCUUGGACUACAUUACAUACUCGUACAUGAUCGACAACAUUAUCCUGUUGAUCACCGGAACUCUUCACCAGAGACCAAUUAGCGAGUUGAUCAAUAAAUGCCAUCCACUUGGAUCAUUCGAGCAGAUGGAGGCUAUUCAUAUUGCUUCUACUCCAGCUGAGCUCUACAAUGCCGUUCUUGUCGAUACACCACUCGCUAACUACUUUGUCGACUGCAUCAACGAGCAAGAUUUGGACGAGAUGAAUGUUGAGGUUAUCCGUAAUACUCUCUACAAGGCUUACAUCGAGGACUUUUACAAGUUCUGUGCAGGACUCGGAGGAAAGACCGCUGAAGUCAUGUGCGACAUUCUUGCUUUCGAAGCUGAUCGUCGUUCGAUCAUCAUCACCAUCAACUCAUUCGACACCGAGUUGAGCAAGGAUGAUCGUCAAAAGUUGUAUCCACGUUGCGGAAAACUAUUCCCAGAUGGUUUGACUGGACUCUCUCGUGCUGAUGAUUAUGAUCAAGUGAAACAAGUUUGCGAAUUCUACUCUGAUUAUAAGCCACUUUUCGAAGGAUCUGGAAAUGGACCAGGAGAGAAGACUUUGGAGGAUAAAUUCUUUGAGCACGAGGUUAAAUUGAAUGUCCACUCUUAUCUUCAUCAAUUCCACUUUGGAGUCUUCUACGCAUUCAUCAAACUGAAGGAGCAAGAAAUGCGUAAUAUCAUCUGGAUCGCCGAAUGCAUCUCGCAACGACACCGCACCAAGAUUGACAACUACAUCCCAAUUAUGUAAACUAAAUCGGCUUCGCAAUUUUCUUUUUUCUUAAAAACUAUUUACUUUUGCACACACGACAAAUCUUAGUCAAUGCUCCAGCUUCUUCUGUUCUAUACAAUUCGUAUUUUAUUACAUUUUUUUUGUGUCCUUUCCACCUAAUCAAUCAAUGUUUCCAUCUAGUUUCCUGUGCGAUUGUGAUUCAUUAUCAUUCCUUCCUGGAUCUGGAGUUUAUCUGAAAUUAUUGGAAUCAAUCUCCAGGUUCAACUCUUUCCCCCGUAUCAAAUGUAUGUAGAGAUUUUAUAUAGACUUCUUCUGGCUGUCUGACUUACUAGUUAGAUUAUUAAGAAGCAGAUAUUCAGAAAUUGUCUCAAGUUUUUUUAAAAAGGUCUUUUUGUCAGUAAAGAUUUUUUCCGCGUUU